CAAAGAGAGGGUCCUUACGAUUGAUUCGUAUAAAAAUCAGUGAUUGGUGCUGUAAACUCAAACUGCCUGAUUGUCAGCAUGCUGUUAAAAACGGUCCUAGUUUUGGCUGGCUGCGCCGCUCUCGCCUCUGGUUCCCCAAAACCGUUGCAGCAAGGGUUGAGCAGCAGGAUUGUUGGUGGAACACCGGCCGUGAAGGGCGAAUUCCCAUGGCAUGUCUCAAUCCAGUUGUCUUCAGAUGCUCAAAACUGGGUACAUGUUUGCGAUGGUGCAAUUGUCUCGAAUGAAUUCAUCCUCACAGAUAUCAACUGUCGAGUAAGGCCAGAUGAUUUUGGUCGUGUGGUCGCCGGCACUUUGAAUUGGACCGAUCCAGGCUCGAUCCACACCGUGGCCGAAAACAUCAUUGGUGAGCCUUUUUUUGCCCUUUUGAGGAUGGAUCCACCCUUUGAGUUCAACUCCGAUAUCGGACCCAUCCAGCUACCCACUUUGAACGAAGAAAGCGUGCCAGGAACAGCCAUGACAGUCUCAGGCAUGGGUGAAAUUGCGCCAUUUGAGCCAUCUCAAGAACUAGUUAAGCUGGACGUGAUAGUCGUGCCCAAGACCAAUUGCGAAAGCAUUUAUUAUUGGCAAAAUUUGACCAAUGUACUUUGCGUCGAAGAUGGCGACAAUGAGGCUAACAUGUGCACCGACAGAGCCUACGGUUGCCCUCUCGUUUUUGACGGCGAGCUACGUGGCCUCUUCGACUAUGAAUUAGGCGACGUUGGCCAAUGUGUAUAUCCCGCACUCUACAACGAGGUCUCCCCCUUCCGCAACUGGAUUCAAGAAGUUACUGGCGUCUAAAUCCCCAGUCGCACCAGACACAAUAUAUAAGUGAAUUACAUUUCAUGAGAAAGAUUGUUAAACCAAAAUAAAUUGCAUUUUGUAAUUUCAAUGCAAG